UGGGACUCGCAUAAGAAACGUUCGCAGAGUCCAAAAUUAUACGAAACACAUUUGCCUAGGGCUGAUUCAAAUCAUUAUGGCCACUGACCCUCGAGCCCACAUAUCGAACCACCUCCUCAUAACAAAAUCCCUCCCUAUCGCACAGCCCUGGCUCUCUCAAUUUCUCUCCUCGCAGCGUGCAGCGACCACCCCCCUCUCCGCUCUGACCCAGACAGCCCUAUUCCGCCUCCUAGCCUCGGACUUCACGACCUCUCUCGAAAUCACUAACCCCUCUCAAGCCCUCCCAACAAACAUUCCGGACCCCGCAGUCAAAGAAUGCCUCAUACCUGGACCAAUUCCACUCCAAGUACUUGAUAUAGAGGACAUAGGCAGCAGCCUCUGGAGCCAGGUUGAGUCAAUUGAAAAGAUAGAGCGCGGGGAAGAAACGCGUGGGCGAGAGAUUAUACGAACUGUCACCCGGGAUGAGUCGGGUGAUGUUGCGACUGCUGGUUACAACAACACCACUAAUAACACCCCAAAUACAUCAAGAGCAAAUAAUAGCAAUGCGCGGAAUAUAUCAUCCUCCACAACCGGCAAUGGUGGGCCACAUCGGCUAGUGCUCCAAGAUGCGAAGGGGACGAGAGUCGUUGCAAUCGAAUGCAAACCAGUGGAGGAAGUUGGGAUUGGGAAGAUGUCUAUCGGGGCAAAGAUGGUGUUGAAAAACGCGACCGUGGCGAGAGGGAUGUUGUUGCUGGAACCAGAUUGCGUUAAUGUGCUUGGAGGAAAGAUUGAAGGGUUGGAUAAAGCGUGGAGAGAUGGGAGAAAAGCUAGGCUAUUGGAAAGAUUGGCAGAGCAGGCUGCUGCCGAAACUACGUGAACUUAAAUGUUUAUGCUCCAAUAGUAUGUUAUGUAUGACUAUCCCGCCCAAUUACUCCGCCGAUAUGCAAUGAGAAAGUUCCUUCCAACCAUCCGGUAUCCAAGGCGCUAUCAUUAUUGCUCUUGCGGCAGCGUCCCGACGGCCAGUGAGGGUGUAGUACUUAGCCAGCUCUGCUGCAUCAAGCGUUCCCUUUGGCGGGAUGUUCUGCAAUGCCGUGUGUAGCGCCAUUUCCGCCGGAUAUGGCUCCGAUGACGCCGCUGCCAGUGUAGCCCACCCUUGUGGUUGAUAGGGGGCAAGCAUUAUAGACGUGUUAGCUUCCUGGCUCUGCCUUAACUCUUGCGAGACAUCAGGAUUUUUCACAUGUCCAAGCUUGGCAAUGCUUGCCAGAAGCUUUGUAACCUUCACGCGGUCAUGUAUGCCAACAUCGUCACUUGUUCGCAUCUCUUGCAAGUCUAACUCGACUGCCUCGAUUGAAUCCACGUCAGCAUCCAGCAGAGCUAUGACACCCAAGAGCGUUACGGCGCCAACAUGUGUAGGAUGCUUUUCGAUGCAGUCCAAAAGCUGAACUCGAGCGGCUUCUCGUUCCUCCUCUCCGCCUUUGGCCCAUAAGACUUGAGCCAAUAAGCAUACCGCAUCCGGUGAACUGUCAGCUUCUUGCAGAGCAUCACGGAACAUGUCGAUUGCCCUAUCCAUAUCCUUGAGGUAAUAAUAGGCUAGUCCCGCCGCAAGAUGUGACGAAAGUCGUAGCUUUUGGUUGACUAGAGGGUCAAACUCUUCUAUGCCGCCGUCAGAUGAUAGACUUAGAGCAGUUUCUGCGCUGUCAACGGCCGCGUCGUAUUCCAUCUGAGCCAGAUGCACUCGGGCGGCAUCUGAUUUUGCCUGGGCAAACCGAGCUAAUGACGAGGUCGACUCUGAACUUUCGUAUUCUGAUUCCAUACCAGAACACACAUUUUCCAGGCUAGAAUUGGAGUCUGCAAAACUGCCCAUCCUUUCAGCCAGGAGAGCUGAAAGAUGUUGCAAUGGAAGAUCGGAAGGCGAUUGGGUAUGGAGUUGGUGGAGGGCGAAAAGGGGUUGUAUGAGUUGUUGAAUAUCAACAUGCAUCAUAGAGUCGGAGAUAAGAUGGUCGAAGACGGAGACUGCAUACUGCCUUUUCGGGAGCGUUAACGCUGAAUUUCCUAGUUCAAAGGCGUGCGUAAAGAGCUCUCUGGCUUCCUUUACGUCUCCAAAAAGCAGAGCAAGGAGGCCCUGUCCAAGCCAAGCAUGAGCAAAAUCUGGAUCCGCUGACUGUGCCCUUGUAAAUGCCUCGUUUGCAAGCUCAUGGUCGUUGUGAAGAAUGUACAAUACACCUAAAUUCGUCCAUACCUGAGGACUUCUUUCGUUUAGAUGAAGGCUUCGGACAAACGAAUGUUGAGCGACUUUCGGACUUAGGGACGUUGUAACAACUCCAAGUGCAUUCCAGAACUCGGAAUUACCAGCUUCGAGUUCGAUUGCUCGUUUGAAACACCGCAUCGCUGCUUUGAGGAAGGGUUUGUUUCUUUUCGAUUUCGCCCCAUCCUCCAAGCAAGUAUAUGCGCGAUAUUCUGCCCAUCCAAGGUUAUACCAGGAUAUUGCUUGAGCGUGUUUGUCACUUGUAGAUAUGGACACAGCGCGUUUUUGAGCAAGAAUUGCAGCGUGCAUGCAUACGUUUGGUGAUAAAACUUCUUCAGAAUCCGACUUCGUGAGGAGUGAUACAAAGUCUGUCCUCACACCAUCCUCGUCUGCAAGUAAUUCAAAGCAUCCCAUAUCAGUUUGACUCUCAAUUAGCUUCCUGUAUUCAGUGAUAGGCAUAAAGGAUGCCUUCCCUCGAAUCCAAGAGAAGAUGGAAAAGGCAUCCGCAAUUGACUUCCAAAGGUUGAACACGUCAGGGUGGAACUGUGCAAUUGAUAUUCCAUUUUCAAUAGCCUUCCUUGCACAUUCAGCAGCUUCCCCGAACAAACCUGACGUGACGCACUUCCAUGCAUUUUCAGUGAGGGUUUGCAAGAGUGCGAUCGAGACUCCGAGCUCGUCUGGCUUUAAGUUCAAAACUGCUUCAUAUCUCGUAAUAGCAUCCUCGUAAUCUCCAAGUUCCCGUUUCACAUUUGCAAGCAUGUACUUUGCGAACCAAGUUUGUUCCCUUUCAGAUACCGGGAGGGUGGUCUCCAAUGUCUCCGCAUGCUCAAACGCCUUGGUAGCUGCGAUAAAACGGCCGGAAUUGUGAUAGCUUUCAGCCAGCCCGACCCAGGAUUGGUAAUGAUGCGGAGAUAUUCGCAAUGCCGAUUGGAACGCUACUAUGCUUUUCGUAUAUUGUUGUCUGUUUAUUUCCACCACACCCAGAGCGGCAUAUGGCCAACUAUAGCCUUGCCGUUUCGAGCCCGGAGUAGGUUUCGCCCUUCCCGAAUCCACCACUCUUUGUGAUAUCGCUUCAACGAGGUCCCACGCCCCUUGGUUUGCAAAAUCCCUAGCUAGACGUUCCGCAGAAUCUACCUCUGCAGGUGAAAUCUCGAAAGCCUUAUGGAAACACCGGCGCGCUCGCUUCCGGUCCUUCUUGUAGUCCUCAUAGUACACCCCCAAGCUACUAUAUGCGGGUGCGUAAUUCAUAUUCGACUGUAUGGAGCCGAGAAAACUGGCGUAGGCUUUGGUGCGGUCUUUCCGGGCUACGGGUGACGGAUCUAACUCCCAUUGGCAGUACCCGAUCCGGUACAAUAUCUCCGCUCUGAGGUCUUGAUUCCGCGUACGACCCGAUUCCAUCAUGUCUAAAGUUUCCUGUAGACCAUAUAGCCCUAGUUCAAGUGCUCCAUUAUGUGCUUUACACCAGAACAGUUCACUUCUUAUCUUAAGAUUAGUGGGGUCGCGCUCCAACGCCUGCUCAAGGAAGUCCACAGCGGUGGCAUAAUCCUGAUCUUCUUCUAGGAUCAGACCGAUCCCGAGAAGGCAGCUGGUAGAUUUCGGCCUGCGAUUUAACAUCUCUUCAAAUAUCUGCUUUGCCUCUGGGUGAUUUUUUGGUGAUUGGUAUGUAAUGAGAGCGGUAGCGAGAGUAAUAUUCACAGCGUCAGUGACAUUACGCAGUUUUAGUCCUGUAAAUCGCUGUACUUCCGUAAUCACUUCUAUACCUUUGCGAGCGACGUCAACGGCAGUCUGGAACUCAUCCAGAGACAAAUAAAGCUGCCCCAUAAUCCUGUGCGCAAGGAUUGAAUCUGGACUUUGCUCCAACCCCUCCGCCAUCAGUAGCAAGCUAUCCUCAGGGUUGAUUUGGUGACUGGCUUCGCUUGACUCUUUAUGCGCACCGUCUUCCUUCGGUUCGUCCGACUCGAGUUCUUUAGGGAACGGUGAUAUAUCGCUUCGGAGAAACCCCUUAAGUACUUUGCUUAAUCCGUCUUCGGAAAAUAGCUCUAUGAAAUCAUUUAGCAAGUUUAAAUCCAUCCCCGAGAGAUCAUCUGCAUCUUGCCAUUCCAAAACAAUUUUCCAGGAAAGUAAAAACGGGUGCUUGAUUAUGACCAUUUCCCGAGCAAGACGCAGGACCUCCUCACGCUUUGGAUUUUUUUUGUUCCGGCGAACCUCAUCAUCA